AUGAAUGGCUACCCCUUUUUCAAAUGCACAGAUAUUAACAGGAGGGUAACUCUGUCGAGCCUUUUUUUUUUUGUACCCAAAAGGGGUGUUCUCCAGUCCAAAUUUAAAAAAAAAAAUGAAACGUCCUUUAACUUUCCCUUUAAGGUCAGCAGGACGACCUCUGGGAAUUUACCCGUCUAUCCAAAGAUUAGAAAACAUGGAACGAUUGUCACUACCGUUGUGCGGCACAUAUAUGGCGACAUAAAGGCGUUCAAGGAACACCUGCGGACCAUAUGCGAAGCGCCCGUGAGAGAACACAUUGGCUAUAUCGAAGUGAAGGGACUCCACACGAUGAAGAUAAAGCAGUGGUUGCAGCACAUCGGGUUCUGA